AUGUCCGCCAAGUCCAUCCUCGAGGCCGACGGCAAGGCUAUCCUCAACUACCACCUCACCCGCGCUCCCGUCAUCAAGGCAUCUCCUCUUCCCGUCCCCACCAAGCACAACCCUCCCCCCAGGUUGUGCUCUCUGCACUUCCCCGAGGAUGCCAACGUCGAGGAUGUCCUCAACCAGGCCGAGGUCACCUACCCCUGGGUUCUCCAGCCCGGUGUCAAGUUCGUCGCCAAGCCCGAUCAAUUGAUCAAGCGCCGUGGCAAGAGCGGUCUCCUGGCCCUCAACAAGACCUGGCCCGAGGCUCGCGCCUGGAUCGCCGAGCGUGCUGGUAAGGAGCAGAAGGUCGAGACCGUCACUGGUGUCCUGCGCCAAUUCCUCGUCGAGCCCUUCGUUCCCCACCCUCAAGACACCGAGUACUACAUCAACAUCAUGUCCGUCAGAGAUGGCGACUGGAUCCUCUUCACCCACGAGGGUGGUGUUGAUGUCGGUGAUGUUGACGCCAAGGCUGAGAAGCUCUUGAUCCCCGUCGACCUCUCACAAUACCCUUCCAACGACGAGAUCGCCGCGUCUCUGUUGAAGAAGGUCCCCAAGGGUGUUCACAACGUGCUGGUUGACUUCAUCACCCGGUUGUACGCCGUCUACGUCGAGUGCCAGUUCACCUACCUCGAGAUCAACCCCCUCGUUGUCAUCCCCAACGAGGAUGCCACCUCCGCCUCUGUGCACUUCCUCGAUCUUGCUGCCAAGCUCGACCAGACCGCCGACUUCGAGUGCGGUGUCAAGUGGGCUAUUGCCCGCUCCCCUGCCGCUCUCGGCCUGACCAACGUCGCCGCCGCCAACGGCGAGAAGGUCAACAUCGAUGCCGGCCCGCCGAUGGAGUUCCCCGCUCCCUUCGGUCGUGAGCUGACCAAGGAGGAGGCCUACAUUGCCGACCUUGACGCCAAGACCGGUGCCUCCCUCAAGCUUACCGUCCUCAACCCCAACGGACGUAUCUGGACUCUGGUCGCUGGUGGUGGUGCUUCCGUCGUCUACGCCGAUGCCAUUGCCUCUUCCGGUUUUGCCGACGAGCUCGCCAACUACGGUGAGUACUCUGGUGCUCCCACCGAGUCUCAGACCUACCACUACGCCCGCACCGUCCUCGACCUCAUGCUCCGCGCUCCCCUGACCGACGAGGGCAAGGUCCUCUUCAUUGGUGGUGGUAUCGCCAACUUCACCAACGUCGCCAGCACAUUCAAGGGUGUCAUCCGCGCCCUCCGCGACUACGCCAAGCAGCUCAACGAGCACAAGGUCCAGAUCUGGGUCCGUCGUGCCGGCCCCAACUACCAGGAGGGUCUCAAGAACAUGAAGGCUGCCACCCAAGAACUUGGCCUGAACGCCAAGAUCUUCGGCCCCGAGAUGCACGUCUCCGGUAUUGUGCCCCUGGCCCUCGUCCCCGGCAGAUGGGAGGCCAGCGGCGCUGAGGAGUUCAGAGGUUAA